AUGUAUUCUCAGCCUAUGUAUGGACAACAAUCUUAUACUCCUAAUACAUAUGACACAUUGAAUUCACAAAAUUAUAAUAGUAAUAACUAUCCCACCCCCGCUCAGCAAGGCGUAUCUCAAUGGCAACAGCCUGUCUAUCAACAACAACCUAGCACAUACAGUCAACUAUCAACUGGAACUAGUUAUCAACAACCUUUGCAACAACAGUAUAAUUAUAUGGACCAACAACAACAGCAACCAGUAUUUGUAGCAAACCCUAAUUCUCAAAAUUCAACUAUACCACAACAACAACCUGUAAUGGCAACAGCUUAUUCACAACCUACUGGCAAUUACAUCCAACAAAAUCCACCACCCUCUUAUGAUGCUGCUGUUUCACAACAAAAAAAUCCACCAUUUGUUAUGCAGGGAACAAUGGGACCAGGAUCUCCACAGUUCAUCUGGCCAAGACAACCGAUUCAAGUUCAAUGUCCACAAUGUGGAGCGACAGUGAUUACCAGAACAGAAACCGCUGCCACAAUACUUACCUUCCUAUUAGCAAUAUGUUUAUUUAUAUUCACAUUCUUUUUGGCCUGUUUACCAUUUUGCAUAAAAUCAUGUAAAAGUUAUACACAUUACUGUCCGAAUUGUAACAAUCGUCUUGGAGUUCGAAAAGCGUUUUCUUGA